CCCCCUCCCCGCGCCGCCCGCCUCGUGCUGCCCGCCGCGCUCCUCGAGCCGCGGCUGCCAGUUCCCCGCGGAGCCCGAGGGGAGCCCGGCCCGGCGAGAGGCAGGGCGGGAGCGGGGGGCAGGAGGGCGUCCCUCCCGCUGAGAGCGAGAAGCCCCGCGCCAUGAGCCCCGAGGAGAAGCCGCCGCCCAGCCGCUCCCGCGGUGACCGGCCGUCACCUCAGCCCGCUCCCGGGCGAGGCCGGCGGCGAGGCGGCUUCCUGACGGAGAUCCGCACGCCUAUCCGCACCGAGCCCUUCCAGGAGCGGUACAGCCUCAGCCCCGGCAGGGAGCUCGGCAGAGGAAAAUUUGCAGUGGUGAAGAAGUGUAUCCAGAAAGACACUGAAAAAGAGUUUGCAGCAAAAUUCAUGAGAAAAAGAAGAAAGGGCCAAGACUGUCGGAUGGAAAUAAUCCACGAAAUUGCAGUCCUUGAGCUGGCACAAUGCAACCUUUGGGUCAUUAACUUGCACGAAGUUUAUGAAACUGCAACAGAGAUGAUUCUAGUCCUGGAAUAUGCUGCUGGAGGUGAAAUCUUUGACCAGUGUGUGGCUGAAAGAGAGGAAGCCUUCAAAGAGAAAGAUAUUAAACGGCUUAUGAAGCAGAUCUUGGAAGGAGUUUCAUUCUUGCACAGAAACAAUGUGGUUCAUCUUGACUUAAAGCCGCAAAACAUUCUACUAACCAGUAAGUCUCCUCUGGGAGACAUCAAGAUAGUAGAUUUUGGCCUUUCCAGAAUAAUGAAGAGCAGUGAGGAACUAAGAGAAAUUAUGGGAACUCCAGAAUAUGUAGCUCCUGAGAUUCUGAGUUAUGACCCAAUCAGUACAGCAACUGACAUGUGGAGCAUUGGAGUACUGGCAUAUGUUAUGCUAACAGGGAUAUCGCCUUUCUUAGGGGAUGACAAACAAGAAACAUUCUUAAAUAUAUCUCAAAUGAAUGUAAGUUACUCUGGAGAGGAUUUUGACCUCAUAUCAGAGUCUGCUGUGGAUUUCAUCAAAACUCUGCUGGUUAAGAAGCCAGAGGACCGGGCAACUGCUGAAGAAUGUCUUCAACACCCGUGGUUAGAACAAAGCGAUAAUCCUGCCUGCAGGUCCUGGAAUAAGAGUACAGGAGGGGAGACCAGUGAUGCCAGCCAGAAAGAUGGAGAUUCUACCUCUGAAAAAUCUGUAGAUGCUGAGAAGACUGAAGAGGAAGAAUCAAUAGUGACAGAAGAACUAAUUGUAGUGGCUUCAUAUACACUGGGACAAUGUAGGCAGUCAGAAAAAGAAAAAGUAACUGAGCAGAAAGCCAUUUCCAAACGAUUUAAGUUUGAGGAACCAUUACUGCAAGAAAUACCAGGAGAAUUCAUUUACUGAACUGUGUGGAGCUUCAUAGUUAUAACUGGAAGGCAGUGUUUUCUACUAAACAAAAAUACCCUAGCCAAGUGAAUUUCAGAUAUGCAAUAAAUGUUCUAGAUAAAAUGUUGAUAAAUGGCAUCCAGGGAAAAUGUGCCAAGUUUUAAUUUCAAGUGGCUGACAGGAAUUAACAAAGAUAAAAUGCUCAUUUUUGUUUAUAAUUUUUAUUUCUGUGUUUUUGUUGCUUGAUAGCAGUUUUUGUUAAUUGUUCCAGUGUUUUGGAGAAGUUGAUAUUGGAAGUGUUUCAAUGACAGAUGUCAAGAGGAGUAUUUUAGGAUAUGUUUUGGCAUUUAAUGCAAAUAUAUAAUGCUGGGCUUUCCUCAAACACCUUUUAACACUCCUGAUUUCAAUUGAACUGUCUACUGGUCUAAAAAUUGUAUGAGGGGGAAUUUGAUCAACUGGUUUGACAUACAGAUUUCAAAGCUAUACUGUGUAUAAUUCAUUUAUAUCAAGGCAAAGACACAGCCUGCUCUGGUGUGUAGCCAAACAGUGAGCUGUGCUCCUCUAGGAAGAGGUGCACGUGUCCCACAGGGAAAGAAAUCUGUAUCAGGGACCAAUUCCAGAUCCUCAAUGGUGAUACUUCUUUAUUUGGAAGCACGGUAAAAUCCUGCUCUGGAGGGUGAAAAGUUUCCAUCGGUCGCUUUUGAGAGCUAGCAAAGAUCGCUCCCUUCCCCUCCCGUGUUGGGAGAGAUGUGCUAACAGAAUCCAGCUCAGUGUGACUACAUAGUGUUCAUGAGUGGAAAAAAGAAUGACAGUCAGAUGUAGCCCUGCUGAAGUUACUCUGUCCACUGACUUCAACAUGUUGCAUCAGACAGUUUGUCCCAACUAACGAUAAAUCAGCCCUUGAUUCCGCCUCCCCCAGAACCCAGCUGGGGUUUUACUGGGAGCAUGAGGUCGUUUCUGCCUUCUUUCUGUUCCUCUAACCACUGCUUUAGGGAAGAAAGAAGCAUCCUUAGGUUAAAUUGCAUAACCUUGUUCAAUGUAGCUAUCAGAUGAGGAAGAUGCUGCUUCCUCUGAAACAGUGAAGCACAACUCAUACCUCGUGCUUCCUGGUCACUCUCCCUUCGCCUCUUGGAAAAACAGCAUGUGUGUGACGGGGCAGAGUGGGAUUAGGGAGCUCUGUGGAUGGGUCAUAGUUCUCAAUGGGCACGGUCCCUCAGAGAACAAAGCUGGGACCAACUGGGCAUCAAAGUUGACUGGUUUUUGCAAUGUACAGGUCUGAGGAUCUCGGACAGAGUGCUGGUUUUCUAAGAAAUAUUUCAUAAUGAUGCUGUUCCAAAGUUUAAUUUUUAUGUAAUUGAAGUUUAGUACUAUUAUAUUGCAUACUGUUAACUAUUCAACUAUUUAUUUGGUUUCCUUAUGCUGUUUCUUUAUAAUAAACCCUGACAAAAGUUUUCCUGCUAUAAAGCAAUGAAUAGAAACUCUUAAGGUAGUUUUUCCUUUUUUCCAUGUUGCUACAGACUUUCCUAAUUUCAAAUGUACCAAGAACAUUCUUACUCUUGUAGUGAACGGUUCAGUGCUCUGUGCUAAUAUUUCGGUUCCUCCUUCACGUGAAAGGCAGAUGGCUUAUUAAUAAAGCUUUAGCAGUGCUGGGGUGAUCUGAUUAGCAUUGCUGUAAGGGUGGGAGAAAAAGUGCUAGUAAAGAAGAAAAUUGAGCUAAAGCCAGUGUGACGCCAGGUGGGGCAACAAGCAUUUUUCUGUAGGGCUUCAUUGCCAGUGGUCUGGUUGCCUUCACUUGAAGCCACAUCAGAAAAAUUGCACCUAAAUUAAACUGUUCUGUCAAGCUUCCUCCCCUGUGGAAUUACAUACUGGAUAUUCUUGUAGGUAGGGCAGCUUCCUCCCUCCUUGAAGACCUUCAUAUAAGAAAACCCAGUAGUACUCAAAAUUGAGUUUGGAUGUGGGUUUUUCAUAUUUUAAUGCAGACGUGCCUUUCACACUGUUUUCCCUCCUUGUAGAGAGCAGCCUACAGAUUCUUCCUGCAAAGCUACAUGCAAGGUUUUCUUGGAUCGCUGUGGCUGGCCGUUAGUAGAAGUUAAACAAGAAUCUUUGAGCCAACAGAGCAGUUAUCUGGGUGUUUCUGGAGCUGGGCGGUAGCUGUGUUACUGCAUGGGUGCUGACCCUACCUGCGACACCGAUCUGUUUCAGGCUUUUUAGGCAUGACGCUGCUCUUCAUGGGCAUCUUUUAGUGUUCAGCCAUUUGCCCAUGACAACUGGGUGAGGGGACAUUAACUCACGAAAUCCUUUUGUGCAAAAUUGCAAUUUCUCCCAGCUUCAUCGCUGCCGUUUUGACCUUUUUUUCGCAUCUCUACUUCCUUACUUUUACAAAUAGAGCAAAGUGCUGGGGCUGACAUCCCACCCUGACAGUGUUGCUGUAUCUGUAUAGCUAAAUGUGUAAUAGCUCAUGGUUGCUCAAAGCAAAUCAUUUGAGGGACAUACACCUGUUUCAAUUCCUAUUUGUAACCACAGAUCAUGUCUCAGAUGGAAACUGGUACUAAUGAAAAAGUGUAGAUGCUGAGCAGCAUGCAUUUUGUCCUGUAUUUACUGGUUUAAAUGUAUGACAAUGAAGCUUAACGUGUAUAAAUGAACUAUUACAAGGCCAGCUUCUCUUGAUUUGGCUGCUUUGAGAUUUCCAGUGGGCUGCAUUUGUUUAACUUGUGCCUUAAGGUGGUUUUAUAAAGUGUUUUUUAACAUCAUUAGAAUUUGUAUAAAGUUGUGAAAGUUUAAUAGUGUAAGUUACAAACAAGGCAUCUUAGGUUGGCCCUGUAAUAGGAAAAAAUUUGUGGAACACGUAACAGCAGGACUGUCAGCCGGUCCCACAUGCUUGAAGCUGUUUCUGUUCCACUAAGUGUGGGUAAAGCUGUAAAUGAGGUAUUCUUACCCUGCGCUGUAGAAAGGGGCUAUUGAGGCUCAUGUUUUCAAAAGGCUGAGUUACUUGUGAAGUAACACAUUAAGAGUAGGAAGAAAAUCACAAGCUUGUGAAGAAGAGCUGGUUUUCUGCAGCUCUGUGAAUAUGGGAUCGGCAUGUACGUUUGCUGAAGAAAGCUGCUUAUGCUUUACGGUGUUUGUGGGGAGGGGGGUGGUUGCAGGGAAGGAAUCAGCUCCUUGGCCCUCGUGGGCAAUGCUCUCUGCCCCUGCUCUCCAGGCCCGGCACCUGCCGGCUGCCUUCGUAAUGCUGGGAGCACGGCUGCUCUUUGCUGGAGUGCGGGAAGCUGGAAGGGGUGGAAGUGCAGAUGUUCAUGGAAGUUGCUGGAGAGCUGCCUUUUCUGUGGUUCUGGUGCAAGAGCCGCAAGCUGUAGCUACAAACGGGGCAGGUCCAGGCCUCUUGCAGCUGGAAUAAACAGCGAAGUCUAGUUGAAAGCAAAGCCUUGUCCCCUCUUGUCUUGUUGCUAGGCCCACCUCUUCAAGCAAGAGGCUGUAGAGUUUAUAGUCAUUAAAAGUUCUAUACAAUCAUUCCCCGCCCCCCCCAAAGCUGAAUUUGCAUGGUGAUUUGUCUCAUUUCUUACACGUUUCAUUUGAGGGUCCCUAAAUACGAAAUGGUGAAUUCCAGCUCAUGAUCUACCAGGUAAAUCUUGAGAGCUGUUAGGUAGGACAUGCAAGUAGAAAUUCAGUGCCUGUUCUCCACUGGUGGUACUGGCAGGGGACAGUGAGGAAGGUGGGCCAUGCACCAAGUUAUUCCAUGGCUUAAGAUCUCUCUUGAAUAUUCCAGGUGCUGCUCCUGGAAGACAAUUUCACAUUUUAAAUAAAUAGUGCCAGCUCAUUGUACUUCUGAAGGUGUUUACUGUUUCAGGAACUUUACAAUAAAUGAAAUUUUGUUUUCCGGACA